AUGCUCGACGCUGAUGGCAUCCUCUUGCAGCCAUUGCGAAGCUGUCUUCCCCAGGCUUCUCAGCCCGGAAGGACGGCGACUCAAAGCUUGGAGCUCGGACAAGGGCUUCGCCGAGUGGCGCGAGGCCAAUCGGGCUUGAAGAGCUUCUGUGUGCUCUGGGCAGUGGGAGCGUCCGCCCUGCUUUGGGGCAAGCCGUCGAUUCAGUUCAGCAGCGCUGUACCAGAGCACAGACGCAACGCCUCGAAUGAAGCUGGCCCAGGCCGUCCGCGCAAGCCUAGCAGGUUCUACACCUCGGCAGCAAGCCAAUCUUCGACGGAUUAUCUCCUGACCAAGGGCGAGGCCAGGCUCCUGCAACAGGUGAAUGAGGCCGCGACUCGUUCGGAUUGGCAGAGGAUUCAGCAGCUUCGCGCGACCAGCAAAGUGCAUAAAACACCCUUCUUCGAUGUGGAGAUGAAUGCCGCGCUGGGCUGUGGGCAGUACAGAGCUGGUGUGGCAUUGUACGAGCGUCUGUGUAAUCUUGAGCUGAAUAAAGAGGUUCUCACGUUCAACCUGGCCUUGAAGCUGUAUGGGAAGACAGGAAACUGGUCGUCGGUGAAGCAAGUUUGGCAGGAAGCCAGGGCUGCGUAUCGCAUGGAUGAGACGAUGGCGGCUGCACGCCUCGUAGCGGCAGCGGACGAAGGGGACAUUCGCACAGCAGCUGAGGUCUUGGAUGAAAUGGUCCAAAUGAAUCUAAGCGCUGAUGUUGGACACUUUACAUCUGCGCUGCGCGCGUGCACUGCUGCCGAACACAAAGCCUAUAAUGCUGCCAUGUUCCUGUUUAACUCAAUGCUGAACAUGUCAUUGACUCCCGAUGUUCAGGUCUUUACCGCCCUAAUUUCCACGUUUGCGGGGAGACCGGUGAGUGACUUCCAGCGGAUUCGACAUGAAAUGGAUGAGCUGGGCGUGCAACCCACCUGGCUUUUCGCCGAUGCGUACUUAAAGGCACUCUUUUCGGUGCCGCAGAAAGACAGGCGCUUGUCCUUGGCAGAGCUGGCCGAGCUGCUGAGCGGUUUGUCCACUGAGCACCUCCAAGAAGCAGUCCUCGCACUCUCUAAGUUUGAGGCGGUAGAGAAGGAGUGGUCUGCUUUCUGCCAGGUCUCAAAGCUGGCGCUCCGAAGGCAUGGCCUUUGA